AUGUACGGAACUUUGGUAUACGUAAUAUGCCUCUUUGAAAAGUCACAUCCGGCAGGAUUGGUUCACCCAGAGAUUCUGCAGCAUUCACUUAUUCUGUCCUAUCAGCUUGUACAAGCUGUGACGGGCCCUCAUUGCCUAUUCAACCUUAUUGCUUCUCAAACCCACAUGUUACAAAGUCGGGCAGAUCCUUCAACUUCAAACACUUCUCUCACAUUCAACAUGACAUCACUCGAUAACACCAAGAGUGACUCUACAGAACCAGUCAUGCCUUUGUUGCUGCCCAUUGAUGGUGUUGGUCACACCGACAGUCUUGUUGAGGAAGUAACUCGUUAUUUCGGCUUAGGCCGAGAUAGAAUCGAGAGUAUCCUCCCAAGCACGGCCUUCCAGCAAGAUGUCAUUGACUGUGCUGGCAAUGACAAGCAGCGUUCCAUUGGCCAUGUUGCUUAUGAGAUCAGCAAUGAUAUCAACAUCUCAAACUUGGCCGCUGCUUGGAAAGAAACCAUCAACCGAACUCCUGCCCUGAGAACCUGUGCCUUCACCUCUCAGAGCGGAGAUUCAUAUCAGGUUAUCCUAAAAGACAGCUUUGUCUUCUCAUGGAUGUUCUGCACAUCUGUUGAUCAGAAGGAUGCUGUUGUGCAGGAUGAAGCUGCAGCUGCAGCUUCUGGACCUCGCUGCAAUCGUUUCGUUCUUCUCGAUGAUCCAAUUGCAAACAAGAAACUCCUCAUCUGGACCUUCAGCCAUGCUCUUGUGGAUAGCACCUUCCAAGAACGCAUCCUUGGGCGAGUUCUGAAGACUUACAAGCAUGGAAAUGAUGAACUCUCCAACAGACCCUACACGCCUGAGUCCUCUGAUCAUGAGGACGAUGGUCUGUCGUUGACUCCUACCGAUGGGUCAAAGACUCCGGAAACUGGUGGUAUUCACCCCGCGACCCAGUUCUGGAAGGAGUACUUGAGCGAUCUGAAUGCCUCUGCGUUCCCGCACUUGUCUUCUCCACUGGCUGUUCCCUACCCCAAUGCAAAGGCUGAGCAUCAUAUCUCAUUCACGAGCUCACCGCAGUCGCAUUGUCCCAGUGCAACUGUUUGUCGAACUGCACUUGCAAUUCUUCUAUCUCGCUAUACGCACUCGCCAGAGGCGCUGUUCGGUGUCGUGACAGAGCAACAACAGCUCAUCUCAAAUGGCCCAACACGGACUGUUGUGCCUUUCCGUGUGCAUUGCGCCUCUGGUCAGUCUCUUUCAGACAUCAUCGGUGCAGUCAAAGCCGAUGAUGAUGCCAUUCGCCAGUUCGCAGAUGCUGGUCUCCGCAACAUCGCUUCUACUGGGGAGGAUGGCUCUGCUUCUUGCGGAUUUCAGACUGUUCUGCUAGUUACCGAAGGUGACACUGAGCAAUCUUCUUGCGAGCUUCACCAGAAGACUGGAGAGUCUGAGCUAUUCAUGCCCUGCACCAACCGCGCUCUGCUACUCCACUGUCAAGUGGCCGGACAUGGGGUAUCGAUUAUUGCAAGAUACGACAAGAGCCUCAUUGACUCACAUCAAAUGGCUCGGCUACUGCGGCAGCUGGGACAUCUGAUACAGGUUCUACGAGACUCAUCGGACAAUCUGCCGUCUGCGGGGGAACUCGACAUGAUAACACCAGAGGAUCGAGCCGAGAUCCAGAGCUGGAACUCCCAGUCUAUCCCUUCACAAACCACCCUCAUCCACAGAGAGAUGCUAAAAACAGCCUCUGUCUCUCCCACAAAAGCCGCAAUUUGCGCUUGGGACGGAGAAUGGACCUACUCCGAGCUCGACAACAUCACCUCUCGCCUAGCUGCACUCAUCAAGUUCAGUACCCCAGGCCAAGAGCAUGCGAUAAUUCCCAUUUACUUUGAGAAGUCAAAAUGGGUCGUCGCCUCCAUGCUCGCCGUCAUGAAAGCUGGUCAUGCAUUCACACUGAUUGACCCGAAUGAUCCACCGGCUAGAGUAUCCCAGGUCGUCGCGCAAACGGGCGCAACAAUUGCGCUUACUUCCAAGCUUUACGGCAGCAAGGUACAAGCUAUUGUCGGGCGCUGCAUUGUGGUCGACGAUGAGCUUGUCCAGUCGCUCAUCUGCACUUGUGCCUUGGAUACAGGCUUGGCUCUGGCCACGGUUACUCCAAAGGACCUGGCCUACGUUAUCUUCACUUCCGGCAGUACGGGCGAUCCCAAGGGUAUCAUGAUUGAGCAUCGAGCCUUUUCGUCCUGUGCCCUCAAAUUUGGGUCUGCACUCGGGAUCAACAGCGACACUCGCGCUCUUCAGUUCGGGUCUCAUGCAUUUGGCGCCUGUCUUCUUGAGAUCAUGACCACUCUCAUACACGGUGGUUGCGUUUGUAUCCCAUCCGAUGAUGAUCGUAUGAACAAUGUUCCAGCUUUCAUCAAUCGUUCCAAUGUCAAUUGGAUGAUGGCGACACCGUCUUAUAUGGGCACCUUCCAGCCAGAACAUGUCCCUUGCUUGCAGACUUUGGUGCUUGUCGGUGAGCAGAUGUCACCAUCUGUCAACGCCAUUUGGGCUCCCCGCGUUCAACUCUUGGAUGGCUACGGCCAGAGCGAGAGUUCUUCCAUCUGCUUUGUUGGCAACAUCAGCUCAUCGGGCGCUGAUCCAAACAACAUCGGUCACUCAGUGGGUGCGCAUUCUUGGAUCAUUGAUCCCAGCGAUCCCAAUCGUCUGGUCCCAAUUGGCGCGAUUGGUGAGCUCGUCAUUGAGAGUCCUGGCAUCGCACGCGACUACAUCAUUCCUCCACCGUCAGAGAAGUCGCCCUUCUUCUCAACAGUUCCAGCCUGGUAUCCUUCUAAGCAUUUACCCAAAGGCUUGAAGUUUUACCGGACCGGCGAUCUCGCACGUUACGCAUCUGAUGGUACUGUUGUUUGUCUUGGUCGCGUGGACUCUCAGGUCAAGAUCAGAGGGCAGCGCGUUGAGCUGGGCGCAGUGGAGACUCACCUCCGACAACAGAUGCCCGACGACAUGUCCAUCGUGGUUGAAGCUGUCAAACCGUCGGACUCUUCUACAAGUACCGUUCUCGUUGCUUUCUUGAUAGCCUCGCAAGCAGCCGAGACUGUCGUAGAGGCCAGCAUCUUGGAUCACACGGCUUGCAGAGACAUCAAUGUGAAAUUGGAGCAUGUUCUUCCUCGCCAUUCCAUCCCCUCGUGCUAUAUCAGCAUGCAGCAUCUUCCUCGUACCGCCACUGGUAAAGUCGACCGGAGAAAGCUUCGAUCUAUCGGUCGCGACAUCUUGGCCCAGCAGAUUCAAGGAACUAGCUCCCGCCCAUCUCAAUUGAGCCCUUCAGCAACCAGCAGUCAAACCAAGCUGGAGGAGGUUUGGCUCCAAUGCUUGAACCUCGAGCCUGGCGCUGCCAACAUUGAAUCAACCUUCUUCGAGCUGGGUGGCCACUCCAUCACUGCCAUUAAGAUGGUCAACAUGGCGAGGUCAGCUGGCAUAGAGCUCAAGGUCUCUGAUAUCUAUCAGAACCCUACCCUUGCCGGCCUUGAGGCUGCAGUGAGCGGUAGCGCCAUGCCCUACUCUCUCAUUCCAACGACCACUCGCGAUGGACCUGUUGAGCAGUCUUACUCUCAAGGUCGACUUUGGUUCUUGGAUCAGCUUGAGGUCGGCGCGCUGUGGUAUCUGAUUCCAUACGCUGUUCGCAUGCGAGGAUUGGUUGACAUUGAUGCUCUGAGUCGUGCUCUGAUGGCCUUGGAGCAGCGCCACGAGACCUUGCGGACUACCUUUGAGGACCAUGACGGCGCGGGUGUACAGGUUAUUCACCAGAAGCUCUCCAAGGAAUUGAGAGUCGUCGAUGCGAUGGACGGGGAUUACCUUCGACUGCUAGAACAAGAGCAGACUACCCCAUUCGAUCUCACUUCCGAAGCAGGCUGGAGAGCGUUGCUCAUCCGCUUGAGCGACACCGACUACGUCCUCUCUAUCGUCAUGCAUCACAUCGUCUCCGAUGGCUGGUCAAUUGACGUUCUGCGACACGACCUCAGCCAACUCUACGCCGCAGCUCUUCAAGGCCGGGAUCCUCUCUCAGCCAUGAACCCUCUCCCAAUCCAGUACAGCGACUUCGCCAUGUGGCAGAAGCAGGAGGCUCAAGCACUCGAACACGAGAAGCAACUUGAGUACUGGAAGAAACAACUCGCAGAUUGUUCACCAGCCAAGUUGCCGACCGACUUCCCCCGACCAGCUUUACUCUCCGGUGAGGCGGGUGUAGUGCCGGUCUCUAUCGACGGACAGCUGUACCAGAACCUGCGGGGGUUCUGCAACGAGAACAACACCACUUCAUUUGCCGUGCUGCUAGCUGCUUUCCGCGCUGCGCAUUAUCGUCUCACUGGCGUUGACGACGCUGUCAUCGGUACACCCAUCGCCAAUCGCAACCGAUGGGAGCUGGAGAACAUUAUCGGCUUCUUCGUCAAUACGCAGUGCAUGCGCAUCACUGUUGAUGAUGAAGACACCUUUGGCACGUUGGUACGACAAGUCCGAGCAACCACGACUGCGGCAUUUGAGAACGAAGAUGUCCCGUUCGAGCGUGUUGUGUCAACCAUGUUACCUGGCUCAAGAGAUCUUUCUCGAACACCGCUUGCGCAGCUCAUCUUUGCUGUCCACUCGCAGAAGGAUCUUGGAAGGUUUGAGCUCCAAGGUCUUGAAUCAGAGGCUGUCUCGAGCAAGGCUUAUACUCGGUUCGACAUUGAGUUUCAUCUGUUCCAAGAGGCCGGUGGACUCAAGGGCAGUUGCAACUUUGCCACGGAUCUGUUCAAGCCCGAGACUAUCCAGAACGUGGUCAGCGUCUUCUUCCAGAUUCUUCGCAAUGGUCUUGAGAAGCCUGAGAUCCCCAUCUCGGUCCUUCCUCUUACCGAUGGUAUUGAGGAGCUACGUCGUAUGGACCUGCUGAAGAUCAAGAAGGUUGAAUAUCCACGAGAUGCAAGCUUGGUUGACAUCUUCAGCACGCAAGUCGCUGCGUACCCAGAGUCUUUAGCCGUGGUGGACUCCUCGUCUCGUCUUACUUAUGCAGAGCUGGACCGUCAGUCUGACCUGCUUGCGACAUGGCUUCGUCGACGGGGUAUGCCGGCUGAGACUUUGGUUGGAGUUCUCGCUCCACGAUCAUGCGAAGCAAUUGUCGCGAUCAUCGGUAUCCUCAAGGCGAACUUGGCGUAUCUCCCCUUUGACGUCAAGUCUCCUACCGCCCGCCUGAACGACAUUCUGUCUGGUCUCCCCGGGCCUACGAUUGUGCUUCUGGGCUCAGAUGUCCCUGCUCCCGAGUUGGAGGUGCCUGACUUGGAGUUUGUAUGUGUCGCUGAUGCCCUGGAAUAUCGCGAUACGAAUGGUCUCAAUGGCCAUGCGCAUAUCGACACUUCGAACCCUUCCGCAACAAGUCUCGCAUACGUACUCUUCACUUCCGGCUCCACUGGCCGACCCAAGGGCGUCAUGGUCGAGCAUCGCGUUAUCGUCCGUCUCAUGAGAAGCAACAUCAUACCCGACUUCCCAACUCAACCGCGAUCAGCUCACAUGUUCAACAUUGCCUUUGACGGCGCUACCUACGAGAUUUUCUUUACUCUCCUCAAUGGUGGAACAUUGGUCUGCAUUGACUACAUGACUACUCUUGAUGUCAAGGCGCUUCAAGACGUGUUUAUCAAGGAACAGAUCAACGCUGCAUGCAUGGCGCCUGCGUUGCUGAAGCUUUAUCUCACCGAUGCGCGCGAUGCUUUGAGGGGACUUGACUUUCUCAUGGCUGCUGGAGAUCGGUUCGAUGGCCAGGAUGCCAUCGAGGCGCAGAGCCUUGUUCGAGGUCAGUGCUACAAUGGAUAUGGUCCAACGGAGAAUGGUAUCAUGAGCACGAGGUAUCCUAUCGCAACUGGUGACUCUUUCAUCAAUGGAGUUCCCAUCGGGCGAGCUGUCAACAACUCUGGAGCCUACGUCACCGACCCGAACCAGCAACUUGUUGGUGUCGGCGUUAUGGGAGAGCUUGUCGUCACUGGCGAUGGCCUUGCGCGCGGGUAUUUCGACCCAGCCCUCAACACCAACCGUUUCAUCCACAUUGAAGUCGAUGGCCAGCGAGUGAGAGCAUAUCGCACAGGCGAUCGGGUGCGUUACCGAGUAGGCGACGGCCUCAUCGAGUUCUUCGGCCGCAUGGAUACCCAGUUCAAGAUUCGCGGCAACCGUAUCGAGUCAGCUGAGGUUGAAGCUGCGAUGCUUGGCCACGGUUCUGUCCGCGAUGCUGCUGUUGUCGUGCAGAAGGACGAGGGUGAGAAGGCAGACUUGGUUGGCUUCGUCGUCAUUGAUCACGAUCAUUCUAUGGAGGGUGACGCGAAUGACAACCAGGUCGAGGGCUGGCAAGAUCAUUUCGAGACUGAGAUGUAUGCCGACAUUGGUGAUAUUGACCCGUCUACCAUUGGCAAAGACUUCAAGGGCUGGACUUCCAUGUACGACGGGAGUGAGAUCGACAAGGCGGAGAUGCAAGAGUGGCUCGACGACACCAUCAAGACACUCCGCGAUGGCCAGGCACCGGGCCAUGUACUUGAGGUCGGAACUGGUAGCGGCAUGAUCUUGUUCAACCUCGGCCACGGACUACAGAGCUAUCGAGGCCUUGAACCUUCCAAGUCAGCCGCCGCGUUUACAAACAGCGUCAUCAAGUCCGUCUCGUCUCUGGCUGGAAAAGCCGAGGUCCACGUUGGCACAGCUCAGGACAUUGGACAGCUGAAUGACCUGCACCCAGACCUCGUGGUGAUCAACUCAGUCGCCCAGUACUUCCCUUCACCAGAGUACUUGGCCCAAGUGGCAGACACUUUGGUUCAUCUCCCCGGCGUUAAGCGCCUGUUCUUCGGCGACAUGCGAACGAACGCCACCAACAAGCACUUCCUCGCUGCCAGGGCUGUCAAGACACUAGGCAACAAUGCGACCAAAGACUCUAUCAAGCAGAAGAUGGCUGAGCUAGAGGAGCGCGAGGAGGAGUUGCUGGUUGAGCCAGCCUUCUUUACGACACUACAAGACCGCUUCCCCGACCUGGUUCAUCAUGUCGAGAUCCUUCCGAAGAAUAUGCAUGCUACGAAUGAACUCAGCGCGUACCGUUAUGCGGCUGUUGUGCACAUCCGUGAUCGCGACUCGGCACAGCCUGUGCAUACGGUUGAGAAGGGCAAUUGGGUCGACUUUGGCUCAUCAAAGAUGGACCGCGAUUCUCUCUUGGACCUUCUACGACAUUCGAAGGACUCAGCGACCGUGGCUAUUAGCAACAUUCCUUUCGCCAAGACCACCUUUGAGCGACAGAUCGUUGAGUCCCUCGAGGAUGACAAGGAUGAGGCCAAGGUCGAUGGUGCCGCUUGGAUCUCAGCAGUCCGCUCCGAUGCAGACAGUCGUGCAUCUCUCUCUGUUCCUGACCUUUACCAGCUUGCUCAAGAGUCUGGGUUCCGCUUGGAAGUCAGCGCAGCGCGUCAGUGGUCUCAGAGCGGUGCACUUGAUGCUGUCUUCCACCACUACCCAUCAUCUACACAGGCUCGCCGCACUCUGAUCAAGUUCCCUACCGAUAACCAUCUCCGAAGCUCAGCUACCCUCGCCAAUCGACCGCUUCAAGGCUUGCAGCGACGUCGCGCCGCUUUGCAAGUUCGUGAGCGACUUCAAUCACUGCUUCCAUCGUACAUGAUUCCAUCGACCAUCGUGGUGUUGGAUCAGAUGCCUCUCAAUCCCAACGGCAAGGUCGACAGGAAAGAACUCGCACGCCAGGCUCGAAUUGUACCGAAGCAACAGACCGCACCGCCUGCACAAGCAUUCCCUAUUAGCGACAUCGAGGCCAUACUCUGCGACGAGGUGUCGGCGACUUUCGGGAUGAAGGUUGACAUAUCUGAUGACUUCUUCAAACUCGGUGGCCAUUCCCUUUUGGCUACGAAGCUCAUCUCACGUGUUGAACAACGCUUCAAUGUCCGUGCCACCGUCAAAGACGUAUUCGACAAUCCGGUCUUUGCUCAUCUUGCGGUCGUCAUUCGUGAAGGACUUGCUUCGCGUACCACUUUGACCAAUGGUCAGGACAAGCAAGGUUGGUCCGCUCGUGUUGCGCCACGCACUGAGACUGAGAUCAUCUUAUGUGACGAGGCUUCCAAGCUUCUUGGUAUCGAAGUCGGAAUCACUGAUAACUUCUUUGAUCUCGGUGGACACUCGAUGAUGGCUACUAAGUUGGCAAUGCGACUUGGCCGUCGGUUGGAUACCACGAUAGUGGUCAAAGAUAUCUUCGACUACCCAGUUCUGUUUCAGCUUUCCAAGAAGCUCGAGUCAGCUGGAUCAGAGUCCUACAAGGAAGACGCACCGGUGGAGGACUACAACCCGUUCGAGCUUCUUUCACUCGAAGAUCCACAAGACUUCAUCCAGCGAGAGAUUUGCUCACAGCUCAACAUCUCAUUCGAGUCAAUCCAAGACACCUACCAGUCCACGCAAAUGCAGAAGUCCUUCCUCUUCAGCCCAGGAACAGGUUCCCCAAGGCCUCUUACACCAUUCUACAUCGACUUCCCAGUCGACUCUGACCCCGCUACUCUUGUCCAAGCCUGUCACUCUCUGGUCCAGCAUAUCGACAUGUUCAGAACAGUCUUUGUACUAGCUUCAGGCCAGCUCUAUCAAGUCGUCCUGAAGAAUCUCGACGUGCCAAUCGAGACCAUUGUAACGAACCAAAACGUCAACACGGCUACCAAUGAUUACUUGAAUGAGCAUGCGCAGGACCCCAUUCGUCUUGGAGAGUCAUUGAUACGCAUCGCUAUUCUCAAACAGUCAUCUUCGUUACGUGUUCUACUACGAUUGUCGCACGCGUUGUAUGAUGGCUUGAGCUUAGAGCCUAUCGUGCGCAAUCUUCACAUACUCUUCAACGGCAUGUCACUUCUCCCACCAACGCAGUUCAGGCGGUACAUGGAGUACACUGCCAACAGCCAAGAGAAGGGUUAUGAGUUCUGGCGUGGUGUGAUUGGAUAUUCUCCCAUGACAGUCUUGAGCGACACGAGCAACGCGGCUUGUCGUCAGGAAGUGGCACCUUCGAAGGCCUUGCACUUGUCAAAGGUCGUCAGCGUACCCAGUCAGGCUAUCCGCAGCAGUAUUGCUACGCAGGCGACGGUGUUCAACUCUGCGUGUGCUCUAGUGCUGUCCAAGGAGUCUGGAUCCAGAGACGUCGUCUUCGGUCGCAUUGUCUCAGGUCGUCAAGGCUUGCCGGUCAAUUGCCAGGACAUCAUCGGUCCUUGCACAAAUGCCGUACCUGUUCGCGCGCACAUUGGUACAGGCGAUAAUCAUCACCAAAUGCUUCGCGACAUGCAAGACCAGUAUCUGCGAAGUUUGCCGUUCGAGACACUCGGGUUUGAGGAGAUCAAGCGCAACUGCACAGACUGGUCAGAAACAACAUCCAAUUUCGCAUGCUGCGUGACAUACCAUAACUUUGAGUAUCAUCCAGAGAGUGAAGUUGAACAGCAGCGUGUUGAGAUGGGAGUUUUAUCGAAGCACGUUGAGUUGAGGAAGGAUGAGCCGCUGUAUGACUUGGCGAUAGCUGGAGAGGUUGAGCCUGAUGGAAUGAGCUUGAAGGUUACUAUUAUUGCGAGAGCGCAUUUGUUUGAGGAGGAGAGGGUGCAAUAUUUCUUGGAGGAGGUUUGCAACACAUUUCAGACUUUGAACUUUUCGUUGUAAGGUAUUAGUGGGUGGACCUUUAUGGGCAUAAAUGUUGG